AUGCAGCUGAACCAGGGAAACACAACGCUUGAGCCCCAACCACACCAUUGCAAGGACAGCCUCCCCGCCAGGCCUUCCCCUUCUUCUUUCCCCAUGCACUGCUGGGUAAGUAAGGAUAUCGGUCUAUGCUUGUUUUGUUCUCCCUUUCCCUUCUUCUUACCUUUAUCCUGCCUCCACCCUCUUCUCUUAUCUUCCCCUACUGGCUUCUCUGUCAUUCCCUGCAGCAGACUUGCCCACCCCGCUGCCCUCGUGUUCCUGCUCCCUCUGGGCUGGAGCCCCACAUCCCACAGCACCCAGGCCCUUCAUCUAUAGCAGGUUCCAUGGCCUGCCAAUCCCUAAACUCUUCACAUUUGUAUGAUGUUCUAGUUAUCCUGGUUGAUUACAAAGCCAAAGCCAAGGGAAGCCCAAGGUGUCCAGCACAGAGCCAGUUUGUGUGCGUGCGCAGAGAGGAAUGCAGCAGUCCGGAUCGAUGUAAGUGUAUGCAUGUAUGUAUAUACAUAUGCAAUUCACAUUCACAAGUCCUGGUAUAAAGUUGCAAUUUUUCUGGCUGCUAUAAAAUGUGCCAGUUUUAAAAGUGUGCAUUUGUUGCUUGCAAACUUAUAA